AUGGUCUACCAAUCUUUCUUGUCCAACUCGACUGGGCUCUCCUCUUCAGGCCUUAUACAGAUCCUGAGCGAACACCUGGUGCUUACUACAGGUCUUACCGCUGGCGUCGUACUUGUUGCAGUCACGCGCUACCUUCAGAGCCCAUGGCGAAAAGUUCCUCCUGGACCAUCCGGCCUGCCCUUCAUCGGCAACGCGCUCCAGAUGGUGGGCGACCAGUGGCUUCAAUUCAGCGAAUGGAGACGUGAAUAUGGCGACAUCAUAUACCUGAAGGCGAUGGGACAGCCGAUGGUGGUCCUGAACAACCCCGCCAUCGCGGCCGAACUGCUCGAGCGCCGCGCUAGCAUCUACUCCGAUCGCCCGACAAUGAUCGUAGGACAUGAUAUCUUAAGCGACGGCCUCAUGCUUCCGAGCUCUCGCUACGGCGAAACGUGGAGACGCAUGCGCAAGGCCGCGCAUGAAGCGUUGAACAAGGUCGUCGUGCACGGCUUGACGGAGUAUCAGCUGGAAGAGGCUAUCGUCAUGGUUCGCAACACGAUGCAGAACGCGGCGGGGUGGGAUAGGUUCAUCCGGAAUGCGACUGCGAGCACGAUGCUUCGCAGCGUGUACGAUGAGUCGCCGGCAUCGAAGGAGCACGACGUUCGCGUCAAGCAGAUCAACGAGUUUUCUGAAUACGCUGCCUCUGCCGCUGCGCCCGGGGCAUACUGGGUUGAGGUCAUGCCGUGGAUGCGGCACAUUCCCAGUGUUCUCGCUCCUUGGAAACGCCAAGCGCAGGAACACUACAAGUUCUACAACGCGCUCUUCCACAGCUUCCUCGGUCGUGUACAGGAUGGCAUUGAUGAUGGCUCGGAGCGAGCGUCCUUCUCGGCAACGCUGAUCCGCGAUAGCAACCGCUACCGGUUGAAGACGCGCGAGAACGUAUGGCUAGCUGCCUCAAUCUACGCGGCAGGCAGCGACACCACGCGUGCGGCGCUCGGCUGGUUCUCGCUGGCCAUGCUGCUGUACCCCGACGUUCAAAAACGCGCUCAGGACGAGCUGGACGCUGUAGUCGGCCACUCGCGGAUACCGACGUUCGCCGAUCUACCUCGCCUGCCGUACAUAAGCGCCAUCAUCAAGGAGGUGAUACGAUGGCGGCCUGUGACGCCGAUCGGAGUACCUCAUAGGAGUACACAAGACGACUACUACGACGGGUACUUCAUCCCGAAAGGAACGGUGGUCAUCCCGAACGUCUGGGAGAUGAACCACGAUCCGGCGAUAUUCGGCGAUGACGCCCAUCUGUUCAAUCCUGGGCGCUUCCUCGACGAGAAAGGGGAGUUGCUGUCUACCCUCCCCGGUUCAAAGGACGACGGGCAUUAUGCUUUCGGGUUCGGACGGCGGAUCUGCGUCGGGAAACACGUAGCGAACAACAGUCUUUUCAUCGACAUCGCAGUCUCUCUCUGGGCCUUCUCGUUCGUGAACGUCAAAGGCCAGACUCCCUCCGCAGAAGGCUGUAUCGACGAAGGUCUCGUCGUCUCGCCCAAAUCUUUUGAGGUCGAUGUUCAGCCUCGGUUCGCGGAGGCGUUCUCUGUGCUCUCGCAGGAGUGCGAGCUUCGUGGACGGUGA